AACUUUUUUUUAUAUAUAUAUUUGUAUGUAAGUAGCUCUAUAUAAUUUAUAAGCAAUGAAAAGUUUGCAUAAAUCCUGAUUUAAACCCUCGAGUCAUGAAAAAGAAAAAAACUAAGCGCAGAAUGUUAAAAUCACAGCUUUUAAAAGCUAUGCCCUGGUUUGGCAUAGAUAUCGGCGGAACUCUAACGAAAUUAGUAUAUUUUGAGCCGAAAGACAUAAGUUCAAUUAAAUUAGAUAAAGAAGUUGAAGUAUUAAAAACUAUAAAAAAAUAUUUAAUGAAAAAAUCUGCUUAUGGCAAAACUGGACACCGGGACACACAUUUACAAAUGGACAAUAUUGACAUUCGGAAACGUUCAGGCUCUUUACAUUUCAUACGAUUUCAGACCACAGAUAUGUGUGAGUUUUUAUCAUUGGUAAAACGAAAGAGUAUGGCUUGUUUAUUAAAAACAAUUUUGGCAACUGGUGGAGGAGCUUUUAAAUUUGAAGAUGAUUUUCGGAAGGAAUUAAAUCUAGAUCUUAGUAAAAUUGAUGAAGUGGAUGCGUUAAUUAAAGGAAUUUUUUUCGCGGAAGAUCAAAAUCGCUCUGAAUGUUAUUAUUAUGAAAAUUGCGCGAACAUAACGGAAUGUGAAAAGAGAGCAUUUGAUUUUUCAAAAUCAUAUCCUUUCAUACUUGUUAAUAUUGGAUCUGGUGUAUCAAUUUUAGCAGUACAUGGAUCGGAUAACUAUGAGCGAGUUUCUGGUAGCAGUUUAGGUGGUGGUACAUUUCUUGGAUUAUGUUCUCUUUUGACGGGUUGCAAAACAUUUGAAGAAGCAAUAGAACUCGCCACAGCAGGUGAUAAUAAAAAAGUUGAUAAAUUAGUAAGAGAUAUUUAUGGUGGCGAUUAUGAACGAUUUCAACUUAAAGCUGAUUUUAUAGCGUCAAGUUUUGGACAGAUGCAUUCUUCCGAAAAAAUUUCAGAUGUCUCACGGCAAGAUCUAGCUAAUGCAACUCUAGUGACAAUAACUAUAAAUAUUGCUCAUAUCGCAAGAUUAUGCGCUCUAUAUGCAAAAAUAGAUAAAGUUGUUUUUAUCGGAAACUUCUUACGUAUUAAUUCAACAUCUGAAAAAUUCUUAGCACAUGCAAUGCAUGUAUGGUCAGAAGGAAAGAUGGAAGCAAUAUUUUUACACCAUGAAGGAUAUUUCGGUGCCUUGGGUUGUUUAUUGCAAAUGAAUAAAGAAAUCUAAUCUUCACAAAAUGUCAUGUUUUUCUGUUGUACAAAAAAACGUAAAAUAUUAGUAUCUAAUUACUGAAUAUUAUUAUAUUUCCAAUCUGC